UUCUCCCGUCGAUAAAAACAAUGUUACUAGCUAAGUUUACGGGAUUGCCAGUUUACGCUUAGCCCGUAGAGAGGACAAAAAUGAACACGUCGGAAGCAUAAACAUGUUGAAAAUUAAUAUCUUGGGAAAUAAUUUUCAAGGCAAGGCUAAGGGGCGAUGGACAGGGGGAUAUAGUUUAAUUUUAUGCCCAGAUAUUAUGGAAGACCAUUUCUGGCAGUGUGUUAUUUCAUAUUCCUAAAUCAAAGUGAUGAAAAACGAUGCCUGCUGAUUUCUGCGCAUGCGCUUUGAGGAGAACGGAAACGGAAGUGCUCACAAUCAAAAGCUAGUGUUGCUACGGAGUUAGCUCGAAACUACAGUACAUCCAUAAGUGUGCCAAGUGUGUCAUUUGUGAUUUAUGUAACAGUUAAAUUAUGGUGGAGCCACCGCGUACGUACGUACAGAACGACGCUCGAACACCCAGAGCUGCAAGUUAUCAAAGAGAGGAAAUUCUCCCCAAGCAGAUGGAGUGCAGACGCAGUGUAGAGAAAAAGGAGCCACACAGUCCUAUCAUUAAAGAUGAAGAGGAAGAAGUUUGCAUCAAACAGGAGGAGACCGAUCUUUCCAUUGUAGCUGUGAAGAUCGAGGACGAGGAAGAGAAACCUGACCCUUCACUGCUUUAUCGUUUGACUGAAUGUUCAGGUGAACAUGUAAAACUGGAGACUGAGGAUAAUGCAGAAGACUCUUGUGAGACCGAAGACAGUGAUGAUGAACGGACAGAGACCAGUGAAGUUACAAGCAAACUUUUCACAGUAACGAAAUGUAUCUUCUGGGAAACUGACGAAACCAUACGUGAGAAGCUGAACUUUUCUGAAUGUGGACCAGGAGAGACACCAUUUAAUUGCUCCGAGUGUGGUAAAAGAUUCACCUUGGAAAUAGAGCUAAGGAGACAUGAGAGAAAUCACAGUGAGGAGAAAACAGUUAGUUCCACUAAAUGUGGAAACAGUUUGACUGAAACAGGAGGACUGAACAAACCUGAGCGAACACAUACAGGAGGGAGGUUAUUUGAAUGCUCUCUAUGUGAGAGAAAAUUUGACAGGAAAACAACUCUGAUGAGACAUGAGAGAAUUCAUACAGGAGAGAAACCAUUCAGCUGCUCACAGUGUGGUAAAACAUUUUCUGCGAAGGGUUCCUUAAAAACACAUGAGCGCGUUCAUACAGGAGAGAAACCAUUUGGUUGUUCUUACUGUGGAAAGAAAUUUGCCCGCAGUACACGUCUUAAGGAUCACGAAAGAGUUCAUACUGGAGAGAAACCCUUUGGUUGCAUAUAUUGUGGGAAAAGGUUUAUACUAAAAGGGAAUCUAAAACAGCAUGAGAGAAUCCACAGAGUCAAAUAAUUUAGUAAAAUUUUGUAAAAUGUGUUUUGCGUGGAUUUUAUAUGUGAAAGUCAAUACUUGAAAAGACAGGAAAUUAUUGUAGACGGUCAAACGUUUGAGAAGUGUGAACUGAAAAAAAAAAAUAACGUCCUCACUGAAUGUUAUAAAUAUUUUUAAAUAUAGACCAGUUGGGUUUAGUUGCAUUUAUUUAUACAUUUUGUUUAUGACAAUAGGUAAUGAUUGUGCAUAGGUCAAUUUUUAAAAUAUGCUUGUUUGCACAAAUGUUUUAUACAAGUUUCAUAUUCACACCAAUGUGUUUUGUUUUUUCUCUUUUGAUAAUUUUUGUAAAUUCUUGUCAACAUGCCGUCUUCUCGCCUUUAUUCAUCCAACUGUUUUUGUUUAAACACUGAUUCACCUAGGGCGUUGCCUACAGUUUGUGUAUAUUUUGACAUUUGUUAUUGUUAUAUGUAAAUGCCUGCUCAUAAUAAAAAUGUUUAAAUAAAAAAUGAUUUUGUUGAGUUUAA